GUCCAUAGACGGCGUCGCCGCAUUCUUGUCUCCCCUCCACGGCGUCGGCCGGCCCCUCCUCUCCCAGCCAUCUCUCCUCCAUGUCGCGCGCCGAGCCCGUCCUCCCUUCCCUCGAUGGCUUCGUCCGCAUCCUCCUCCGACUGCCACGGUGGCUCGAUUGGCUCGAUCCACCGCCAUCCACGCCCGACAGGUUAUUCCGACGAUGGGGCGGCGGCGAAGCUUAGCGCGAUGACAGAGCCUUCCUCCAGCUCUACCAAGAAACCCUCGCUCUCCGUCCGUCUUCCUCCCUUUGCCAGCACCACCUAGCGUCGCCAUGGUCGGUGGCCGCGACCACCAACAAGAGGAAUCGCGAGGCGGCGGCGGCGGCACCAAGGGGAAGCCGCAGCCCGUCACUGCCAAGGAAAAGCGGGUCACAGCUAAGGAAGUGUCGGAGUCGAGGAAGCCCGACUACAACCUUAAGAAAGACAUCGAAGUACUAUGGGGAAAGAUGAUAGGUCGUCAUUUGAGCAAGGAGGAUAUAAUCAAGCUAGUUACCGAGGCCCUCCGUAAAAUGGAUUGGAAAUAUUUGGAAUUUCUGGAUCCCAUACAUGUGUGUAGUGGUUCUCACACUCAAGAGAGUGGCAAGGUUAGGACGCAUAUUAUCAGAAUCUUGAAGAAGCAGAUUAUGAAGCUUGAUGUCAGUGAUUAUGGAUGCCUUGUUCUAUUUGAAGAGCUGACAAAGCAGUUAAAGGAAAUCAUAUUGAUAAGCUUAAACAGGUCCAUCUUUGACCAAGUAUAGGACGGGCAGAUGUCGUGAAAGGAAUACUCAUGGUUUCUGAAGACUGACCAUGCUCCCUCGAGUACUACGCAGCAACAAACUCAG